CCGUUCGUUCCAUUUGCCAUUGAUGUCCCAUUCGUUCCAAUCUCUCUCAUUAUUUAGGGCCUAAACUUGAAACAGAUCCUUCCCGGCAGGUAGCCUGAGCCUUGAGGCCUCUUUCCUGUUCCUUCUUGUUCCCCACCCAAACCCACACCCACCGCUCACUUUGUCACGUUUCGUGUUCCCCGACCGGCGGCGUUGCGUUUCGAUAACAGCUACCUAUACCUUCCCCUCCCCGCCUCGCUCUCCCUCACCGUCUUCUUCUUCUUCUCCCCUUCCCUUCUCUUUUCAACCCUCCCCCCCCCUCCCUUCAGCAUUCUCUCCCUUCUCUCUUAAAUUCAAACUGCAGUCCUUUUCCUGCAGCUUGACGAUUCCUCUUCUAUGCUGAGCCUCGCCCGCAAGACUCUGAACCGCGUCCCCAGCUUCCAGGAUAUUCUACAAGGCAGGAUGACCCACCCAGACAUCUCCGUUGACGUUCUCGUCAUUGGUGCCGGUCCUACCGGUCUCGGUGCCGCCAAGCGUCUUAACCAGAUCGACGGCCCCUCUUGGUUGAUCGUUGACAGCAACGAGAUCCCUGGUGGUCUUGCUUCUACCGAUGUGACCCCCGAAGGCUUCCUCUUCGAUGUCGGUGGCCACGUUAUCUUCUCGCACUACAAGUAUUUUGAUGACUGCAUCAACGAGGCUCUUCCCAAGGACGACGACUGGUACACCCACCAGCGUAUCUCCUACGUCCGUUGCAAGGAGCAAUGGGUUCCCUACCCUUUCCAGAACAACAUUUCCAUGCUGCCCAAGGAGGAGCAGGUGAAGUGUAUCGAUGGUCUGAUUGACGCUGCUCUCGAGGCUCGUGUGGCCAACACCAAGCCCGCCAACUUCGAUGAGUGGAUCGUCCGCCAGAUGGGUGUCGGUAUUGCCGACCUUUUCAUGAGACCUUACAACUACAAGGUCUGGGCUGUGCCCACCACAAAGAUGCAAUGCGCUUGGUUGGGUGAGCGUGUCGCUGCUCCCAAUGUCAAGGCUGUGACGACCAAUGUCAUCCUCAACAAGACCGCUGGUAACUGGGGUCCCAACGCUACUUUCCGUUUCCCCGCUCGUGAUGGUACCGGUGGUAUCUGGAUUGCCGUCGCCAACACUCUCCCCAAGGAGAAGACUCGCUUCGGUGAGAAGGGCAAGGUUGUUAAGGUCAAUGCCAACAACAAGACUGUCACCCUCGGCGAUGGCACCACCGUUGGCUACAACAAGCUCGUUUCGACCAUGGCUGUCGACUACCUUGCUGAGCAGAUCGGCGACCAGGAGUUGAUCGGCCUUACCAAGGAGCUCUUCUACUCCUCCACUCACGUCAUUGGUGUCGGUAUCCGUGGUGAACGCCCUGAGAGAAUCGGUGACAAGUGCUGGCUCUACUUCCCCGAGGACAACUGCCCCUUCUACCGUGCCACUAUCUUCUCCAACUACUCCCCUUACAACCAGCCCGAGUCCUCCAAGAAGCUGGCUACCCAGCAGCUUGCCGAUGGCUCCAAGCCCAAGAACACCGAGCCCCAGGAUGGUCCCUACUGGUCCAUCAUGUUGGAGGUUUCCGAGUCCUCGAUGAAGGCCGUGAACCACGAGACCCUUUUGGCCGACUGUAUCCAGGGUCUUGUCAACACUGAGAUGCUCAAGCCCACCGAUGAGAUCGUCUCCACCUACCACCGCCGCUUCGACCACGGCUACCCCACUCCCAGUCUGGAGCGUGAGGGUGCUCUUACCCAGAUCCUGCCCAAGCUCCAGGCCAAGGACAUCUGGACCCGUGGUCGCUUCGGUAGCUGGCGCUACGAGGUCGGCAACCAGGACCACUCCUUCAUGCUGGGUGUGGAGGCUGUUGACAACAUCGUCAACGGUGCUGUUGAGUUGACCCUUAACUACCCCGACUUUGUCAACGGUAGACAGAACACUGAGCGCCGCCUGGUUGAUGGUGCUCAGGUGUUCGCCAAGAAGCACUAAAUGUGCGCGGAGUGAUUAUAGACGACACAUAUUUUAAUAUCUUGAAAUGACCGGGGGAUCUAAAAUGAUACACAGGGAGUCUGAUUUCUUUUUUCCACCCAUAAACCAGCUGUUUUGUUCCCAUUUCAUAUUCCCCUUUUCUUUACCUUUUUUUUGUCUGCUUGAGAGCGAUGUACGGGAGAUAUCUGUGCUGGCAUCUUUCUUGUUCUGGGUGGUGGUGAAUCAACCAGCUUUUCUCUUCUCUACAUUUUCUGCUAGAAUAUCCCCAGAUUUAUAAAUGAGCAAGAAUCCUUAGACUCUCUUAUGUUCCCGAAAUGAGGUGCGCGAUGCGACAGGUGCUUGUGAUCUCGCCCCUCUAUCUUUGGAUGCAUGUCAUUGCCACCUCCGGCCGGGCUUGAUCGGCCUUGAUUGCAGGAC